UUCCUCCUGGUGGUUUCCAACAGCAAGUACACCCUGGACUUCUUGUUCCUCCUGGAGUGCCUCACGGACUUCCUGUUCCUCCUGGCGGUUUCCCACAGCAAGUACACCCUGGACUUCUUGUUCCUCCUGGAGUGCCUCACGGACUUCCUGUUCCUCCUGGCGGUUUCCCACAGCAAGUACACCCUGGACUUCUUGUUCCUCCUGGAGUGCCUCACGGACUUCCUGUUCCUCCUGGCGGUUUCCCACAGCAAGUACACCCUGGACUUCUUGUUCCUCCUGGAGUGCCUCACGGACUUCCUGUUCCUCCUGGCGGUUUCCCACAGCAAGUACACCCUGGACUUCUUGUUUCUCCGGGAGUACCUCACGGACCUCCUGUUCCUCCUGGCGGUUUCCCUCAGCAUGGACAUCCUGGGCUUUAUGUCCUUCCCGGCGGUGUUCCUCACCCAGGAGACACUUCCAGCUAGAGAUGGAUCCCAUGGACGGGCUUCGCACUUGCCUGGAAUUCCUGUAGUUGGGCCACAGCCAGUUGUUCAAGCUGGUGAAGCUACGCCGGCCCCGUCGUCGUCGGCUGGUACAAGUGAAAUUAGAUCCAUGCUACGACGCCGCGCCCGUGAAGGAGAUCGGCCGAAGAGUGCCAUAGGCAGCGUUCGUCUGGAAGAGUACAGUGGAGAUCGCCGGAAGUACAUCAAGUGGAAGCGUGCGGUCCAAGCCCAAGAACGACUUUAUCGACUCGACCCUUCUGAACUUGCGAUGCUUCUCUACUUGUCAACAAGAGGGGAGGCCCGAGACGUGCUGGACCAGCUGCCCAUCGAAGAGUACACGUGCACCGGCGGUUUGGUCAUGCUGUGGAAGCUGCUGGAUGAGACAUAUGGUGAGAAUGGAGCUGAAAUGUUUGAGAGGGCCGAGCAGGAGCUUUCUUCUUACAGACUCUUGCCGGGGCAGAGUAUGGCGGCUUACAUUGCUUCGAUGAAGAGGCUUCGUGCUCAGUACGCCAGGAUUGACCCGGAGAGCACCAUCUCUGACAAGGCCUGGGCCCAGAGGCUCUUGAACCGAGCAUCUUUGUCAAGGCGGGAGCGGCUGGAUGUCUUCUACAGCGCUGGCGGACAGUACAGUGCAGUCCCCAUUGAGAAUGCCCUCAGGCACCGAUGCUCGUUGGUGCAUGAAGAGGAGCGCAAGCUUCCUGGAGGGCGGCCAGAUGGUUUUCGGCACCGUUCUGCGUCUUCUACGACUUCGAGUUUGUCACGGUCGCAGGCUUCCACCUCUACGCGCUCGUCUUCUUCGACCAGGUCCGGAGGAAAAGGGCGAAAGAGCCAUGUGCAUGUGGCGACAGGUGAGCUCCAUAGUGUGGAAGAGGAAGACUGGGAAGGCGACUAUGAGGACCUUGAGAAUGAGGACCAUGGUGUUCCCAAUAUUCCCGCUGAGGGGGAGAUUCUGAACGCUACGUCUUGCCGGGGUGAAGACGAGCAGGACGAGGGCACCGACUUCGACGAUGAGUUCUCCGAGGGUGGCUCGGUGUCGGUCGUUGAGAUCCAAGAAGCCUUCCAGGCGGGGUGGAAGGCGAAGCAGAAGGCAGCUGCCCACAAGAAGGCCAGGGGAUGGAAGUCGUCUCGGCCCAGCGAGGGCUCCUCUGGCAAAAGCUUGGCUGAGAGAAAGAAGUCGUCCUCCUGCGCUUCGUGUGGAAUGCGUGGCCAUUGGCGCGGAGAUCCCCAGUGCCCACAUGUCAAGGCUGGGAAAGAUCCCUUGCAUCGCCCUGCCAAUGCCACAGCGAAGGAGAAUGAGGUGCACUACGUUAACUUCACUUUCAUGGAGGGUGCAGGCCUCAUUCCUGACGUCUGCCCUAGUUGCUCAGCUGCCGUCCCUCCCUCGGCCAAGUAUUGUCACGAGUGCGGUCACAAGAAUGGAGGCAAGAGGAAUCCCUGGGAUCUUGUGACAUCCUCUGGUGUUUCGACUGGUGCCGCUGUAAGCUCAGACUCAGAAACGCAGCCGCCACGGCCCAUGAAGGAUGUUCGUUUUCGGGCUUCAAAGGCCCGUGUGGCAGAUGGUCGCUCCAAGAAUGAGAAGGAGAUCAGUCUGAAGGCGACCGAGCUCUUGGGGGCCUUGCCGACUUUGAGUAAAGCAGAGAAGAAGGAAAUCAAGUACGCUCUGUUGCGAGAGGAAGAUGAGUCUGCGUGGAAUGCCCUGGAGAGCCAUCGUGCAGCCUUUGAUCCAGGUCGAGCCCGAGCAAGCAAUGAUGGCUAUCCAAUGCCCUUCCAUGCAGAUCGUGCCGAUCCUCAGCUACCUGUGCCACCGUCGCUUUCCGGUGCAGGUGCUUCUUCAGCAGAAGCCUCAGCGUUGGCACCCCCUUCUUCGAAGACACAAGAUGGGAAGGACAAGGCCAAGAGUCAAAAGCAGCGGGAGGUGGAGGAUUUUCGGAGGCAACUCUAUGCUUCGUCCUGGAAUGGUUUUCAGUGUCGACCUUCGAGAGCAAGCCCCGUGCCCACCGAGAAGCAAGCUAGGUGCCCACACCUCUUCGAGGACUUGUUGUUCACAGCCAACCAGCAUGGACACUUUGCUCGAUGCUCUCGAUGUGACUUGAAGAAUGUCCUCUACUUCUCCGUUCGGCAUGGUGUGCUGAUGGCAGCAAAAGGAAGAGGGAAGCAAGAAGGAGCCGAGAAUCCUCCCCAUACGGCUUCUGGGCCUCCAGGUCAGGUUGUUGCGGACUCAGGGUGUCGCACUGCGGUGGCUGGAAUGGCAUGGCACCGUCGCUUCCAAGAUGAGCUUCGUCGACGUGGUCUACCCUGGCAGGAGGUCCAAGAGCAUGAGGUGUUCCAGUUCGGCUCGGGCGGGCCCGAGACAUCGCACGUCGCGUUCCUCUAUGUGGUGGGGAUCAAUGGCAACUUGGACGUGCUUCGCAUGUCCGCGGUGGAAGGUGGCGCUAUCGGCUGUCCAGGGUUGAUUGGACCGUCGGAACUUGCGAGGUGGAGCGCUGUGUUUGACUUCAGGAACCGUACAAUGGAUUUGUUCGAGACGAAGUGCCCGAUGCAUCUGACGAGCACUAGGCACCCAGCGAUACACCUCACUGACUAUCCGAUGGACAUGGAUGAUCCCUGGUCACAGCCUGCAGUCGCUGAGAAAGCCGAGUUGCUUCGAAAGAGCCCGCAGAGCCUGGCUUUUCUGGCGGCUGAUGGCGGACAAGCUGGAAAUGAGUCCGACAGCGAAGGCUCGAGUCAUGCUGCUACAUCAGUUGUGAACUCCGAGUCGGAGGCAAGUGCUUGUGAGACCCGAUGGGAUAGCGAGCGCAAGGCCGAAAGGAGGGCGAGAUUGGAGCAGCAAUGGCUGGAACUACUUCAAGAAGAUCUUGGCGUCCAUGUUGUUCCGGAAUGUGUUCGUGAUCGGGCUUCUGAUGCUGGUACCGAUGACGCUGAGAGCGAAACGUCUCACGAGUUUGGCGUGGAGCAGGUGUUGUCGGAAAAUGAAGACGAGCAACCGCCUACAGAAGAUGAACACUGCGACCCCUACCGCGACCACGAUGUCAAAUACCUCUGCAAGAAGACGCGACAGAAGGUCAACCAGGCAGCCCGCAUGGUUCGGGAGAUGGCAUCAUCGGCUACUCGCGCUGCGCCGACGGCCCCUGAGAUGGUCCCGCCUCCUGGACUACAGUCACGACGACGUCGGCCAGGUCCCUGGCGUGUUCUGGAAGUCUUCACAUGGACGAUGGCCAUCUCGAUGGUGGCAGUGGCCGCGGGCUGGGAGGCAGGGCAACCAGUUACGCUCCCAUCCUUCGACCUUCUGCGCGAAGACCAUCGUGAGGAUGCGCGCCAGUACAUCGCGCGCUUUGACCCUGACCUCAUGGUAGUAGCUUGGCCGUGCACGAAGUGGAGCAUUUUGCAGACAUUUGGUCGACGCACCCCGGAGCAACUGCAUCGUCUCGCCCGUGCUCGUGCUGAACAGCGCGUUCUUUUAGAGUUUGUCUGUGAGAUCGUGCAGGACCACCGUGCCAAAGGCGGAGUGACCAUGGGCGAGAACCCCAGAACGAGCGCUGCCUGGAAGGAAAUGUCCAUUGCUGCAGCCUUUGAAGGGCUGCCCAAAGCCGAGACGCACCUCUGUGCGUUUGGGCUGCGCCGCCCUGCGGAUGAGUUUGGGCAGGGCCGGCGCCAGCGACUCUACAUGAAGAAGCCGACCAUCCUCGCUGCAGAUGAGGCCAUUCUGCGGCACGCUGUGCGCCUCUGCCCGCGCACCCAUCGACAUUCUCCUUGUUUGGAAGGUGUGCGCUGUGGAGGUCGAUGGGUCAAGAUGUCCGAGUAUGCUGGUGGAUACACGCGACAGUUUGCAGAGGCGGUGGUCAAAGGCGCUGAGGAAGCGCUGCGAGCCAAGGAGAGGCAUGGCUGUCCGGUGCGCUUUGUUGCGCAGACAUUGGUUCCGGAGGAAAGCUUCAUGGAAAAUGAUGAGGAUAUCCUUCACGAAUCUCCAGUGCCGGGUCAGCUUGAUCCCCCUGAUUCUUCGUUACCGCCAGAACAGCAUCAUCGAGAUCCCCCUGGCGUGUGUGGCGGAGUCAGGCCUAGUGACUUGUAUGAUGAUCAAGGCGAACUGGACGAGCGUCAGAUGGAGGCACUACGGAGGCACUACGUGAUGUUCUGGCGCAUGGAGGUUCAGUGGCGCGAGAUGAGGGUGGUGCUGGUGGUUCCUCGAUGGAGAUCUCGAAGCCGAAGCUGGAGAAGGGUUCGCUAG